CAUGGAGGACAGAGCUGGUCAGCAAGAGCAAAUCAGACCCAGCCCUCGUCUGGAAAAGCUACAGCACUGGGCCAGGCACAGGCAGAGUGGGCACCUCUUGGUGCUGGCGGUGAGCCAACUAUGGCUAGCAGUGGCUGUGGUGCCCUUGGCUGUCUCAGUUGCCUGCCUGAACUCUGCUUGUCACAUGGCCACUGCACUGCCGCUUGGACCUGGAGCAUUGGGUCUCCUCACUGGGAUUGUUACCCUUGAGCUACGCAGAGCACCCCGCCUUUGGAAGGUGCGGGCCAUGAUGAUACUCAACACCAUCGAUCUGAUCUUUGGCUUCAUUGUGGUGGCGGUUGAAGUGAUGAAGACAGCCUUGGGGCCUGCAGCAACUGCCUCCUCCAAGCUGGACGGCUUGUUGGUGCUGGAGCUCAGUGCUGAGGCUUUCACCCUAGGAGGAGUGCUGGUCUCAGCAUAUUCCCUACUCCUGCUAAGCCAGAGGAAGCCAGGAUGCUGCAGGAGACAGAGUCUGCACUACCAGGAGCUGCAGCAGGGUCUCUCUGAGUUGGAGGAAGUUACUGAUUCGGAGAAUGGUUCCGCGGUGGCUGGCACAGCAAACCGAACAACUGCAUGA